AGAUAGAGGAUAUCUAUCAUCCCCAUAUUUAUUUUCUUUUUCUUUUUUUUUUUUUUAUUAGAGAGGAGUGCGUGGUGUAUAUUUGCGGUUCAUUUAUCUAUGGGUGGGGUUGGGUGUUGUAUCUCUUUUUGGAUUCGUCUCUUCAGUCUGCUUUACACCUCGGUUCACCUUCUAUCUAUCCACUACUCAUCUCUUCUUUACAGGCUGAUUUCUUUGCGUUGGGUGAACUGCAAUUAUUCUGAUUGGCGAGCACAUACACAUUAUAUUAUUUACUAUUACUGUAGGUACAGGUACUUACUCCAUUUCGUUCUAAUUAGUUCCACUUUGAUUGGACACUACUACCAACACCACUACUGUCUAUUAAUCUAUCUAGUAUCUACUUAAAUUAACUAAUCUAUUCUUCCUUUCGGGCUUAACGG